CCGGCCGCGCGGCGGGCCGCUGGGGAGUCGCGGCGAUGGCGGUGCAGGCGGCGCUCCUCAGCACGCACCCUUUCGUCCCCUUCGGCUUCGGGGGCUCCCCGGACGGGCUGGGGGGCGCCUUCGGAGCCCUGGACAAGGGCUGUUGUUUCGAGGAUGAUGAGACCGGGACACCAGCGGGCGCGCUGCUGGCGGGCGCCGAGGGCGGGGACGUGCGCGAGGCCACCCGCGACCUGCUCAGCUUCAUCGACUCGGCGUCCAGCAACAUCAAGCUGGCACUGGACAAGCCCGGCAAGUCGAAGCGGAAGGUGAACCACCGCAAGUACCUGCAGAAGCAGAUCAAGCGCUGCAGCGGCCUCAUGGGCACCGCGCCCCCCGGCCCGCCCUCUCCAGGCGCUGCGGAUACACCGGCCAAGCGGCCGCUCGCAGCCCCGGGCGCCCAGACCGUCGCGGUCCCGCCCCACGGCAAGGCGGCUCCUCGGCGGGAGGCGUCGCAGGCCGCGGCUGCCGCCAGCCUGCAGAGCCGGAGCCUCGCCGCGCUCUUCGACUCGCUGCGCCACGUCCCCGGGGGCGACGAGCGGGCCGGGGGUUCGGUGGCGGCGCGGGUGGCCGGGCUCGGUGGAGCGGGCGCUGGGGGCUCGGGAGGGGACGCGGCCGGCUCCGCGGGAGGUACCGCAGUCCCCGGAGCCAGGAAGGUCCCGUUGCGAGCCCGCAACCUGCCCCCGUCCUUCUUCACCGAGCCGUCCAGGGCGGGCGGCAGCGGCUGCGGCCCGUCGGGGCCCGGCGUGAGCUUGGGCGAUUUGGAGAAGGGCGCGGAAGCCGUGGAGUUCUUCGAGCUGCUGGGGCCCGACUACGGCGCGGGCACCGAGGCGAGUGUCUUGCUCGCCGCGGAGCCUCUCGAUGUUUUUCCCACGGGAGCCGCCGUCUUGCGGGGUCCCCCGGAGCUGGAGCCAGGUCUCUUUGAGCCGCCGCCGGCGAUGGUGGGGAGCCUACUGUACUCCGAGUCCUGGAGCGCCCCAGGCUGCCCUCCGACCAAGAAGCCGCCGCUGGCCGCCCCCCGCGGCGGCUUGACCUUGAACGAGCCCUUGCGCCCCCUGUACCCCACUGUGGCGGACUCUCCCGGCGGCGAGGAUGCGCCCGGCCUUUUGGCGUCUUUCGCCCCCUUCUUCUCAGACUGCGCACUGCCCCCGCCACCGCCGCCGCAUCAGGUGUCUUACGAUUACAGCGCGGGCUACAGCCGCACGGCUUACUCCAGCCUCUGGAGACCGGACGGGGUUUGGGAAGGGGCGCCCGGGGAGGAGGGGGCGCACCGGGACUGAGGGAGAGGUGCCGUGGCGGAUUUUGAGACUGCUGUGAGGAGCUCCCGCCUCCGGGUUUCUCCUAAGCCUAAGAACGCUGGAAAGUGCACGUGGAGAUGAAACGGGGUUUUAAAAUAUUCAAUUAAUAAAAGAAACUUAAGAAAAAGAUGAAGAGGAGUUGGGGGUUGUUUUAAUUACAGCUUCAAGUGUUUAAAAAAAGAAAGAAAGAAAGCCAGAAAAAAGCAGUUCGUAGGUUCUUACUGGACCUGGCAACCAAGAAACCAAGCUGGGCUUUGGGAAAUGGGGUGGGCAUGGUGGAAGGGGCAAGCGGUGGCUUUUGUAGCCACCUGACACUCCUCCAACUUUUCAGCGAAAGGUCAGUGUGUUUAGUUUAAUUGCCCCUUCCAAACAGUGCGCUGGUCCCUCCCUUUCCUUCCCCUUUGAGUGCAUUAUGAAUUAAAGCCUAUAUUGAAAAGCC